UUGCUUUAUGUCGCUCGCUGGGAGUGAAAUCAACAGUAAGAGGAACAGCAGUUAAACGGUUUUUGCGUCCGUGGACUUGUGGUUGGAAGUGAAAGGACUUUCUUGGCUACUUUUAAUCAGUAGAACUACUAAAGACACAAACAUGGCGCUCACCGACGCGGACGUACAGAAACAGAUCAAGCACAUGAUGGCCUUCAUUGAGCAAGAGGCCAAGGAAAAAGUGGAGGAAAUUGAGGCCAAGGCAGAUGAGGAAUUCAACAUUGAGAAGGGUCGCUUGGUGCAGACCCAGAGGGUGAAGAUGAUGGAAUACUUUGAGAAGAAGGAGAAGCAGAUUGAACAACACAAAAAAAUUCAGAUGUCCAACCUGAGGAAUCAAGCCCGGCUGAAGGUUCUGAAGGCCCGCGACGACAUGAUCGUGGAUCUAUUGAAUGUGGCCCGUCAAAGACUUGCAGAGAUUGCCAAGAACCCUGCAACGUACUCCAAGCUGUUAGAAGGCCUAUUGCUUCAGGGUUUCUACCAGCUCCUGGAACCUAAAGUUAUUAUUCGCUGCAGACAGCAAGAUGUAGAAGUGAUUCAGGCUGCACUUCAUAAGAUUAUUCCUGUCUACAAAGAGGCAGUGAAGAGGAACAUAGAUGUCAAAAUCGACCCAGAACGUCAUCUUCCAUCAAACAUCUGCGGAGGAGUGGAGCUUUAUAAUGACAAUGGGAAGAUCAAGGUUUCCAACACAUUGGAGAGCAGACUAGAACUUAUUGCACACCAGAUGAUGCCAGAAAUCAGAGAGAAACUGUUUGGGCCCAACCCCAAUCGCAAGUUCAUGGAUUAACUGUGGAUUCAAGGAAGGAAUUCAGGCAUGGAUGGAUUAUUUAAUGUGACCUCAGACAUCUCCUUAGUGAGUCUGGACAACAAACCCCUGAGUUUUAUACGGAAUAACAUGGAUGCGUCAACUGCCUACAGAAUUAAUUAUUAAUAUAACAAGUAAAAAUUCA